AUGCGAGGCAUCGCUCGGCGCGCCCCGGGCUGUGCCUUCCUGGAAGACCAGGCUUGGGCGGUACACUGGUGCCACUUGGCCCAGGGGAGCUUUCCUGGGGUUGCCUUGGUGAUCACCACCGAGGAGAAGGUCUUCCUGCAGUGCGUGGUCGUCAAGGCAGCCCAAGGUGCCUUCGGCACCGGGGGUUUCACGCAGCGCUCCGCUGCCCAAUGUGUCCAGGUGGCGGCAUGCCCCUGCGACCUGCGCUUCCUUGACGACACGGAGGAGCAGCAGGAGCAUUUGGGCGAAGGAGCCUUCGCCAUUGUUCGGCGCCUGCGGCGGCGCAAAAAUGGGGACUUGGUGGCCCUAAAGGUGGUCGAGAAGUACCCCUUGCACAUCCGGAACAUGCUGCCGCAGCUGCAGCGCGAGGUCCGCAUCCAGGGCAAGUUGCAGCACCGGCACAUCCUGCGACUCCUCUCCUGCUUCGAGGAUGAAUGGGCCGGGGCCGCGGCAACCGCGGCGGUGCUCGCGGCGUCCUGCGGCGCCGUUGCUCGCGGCGGCGGCGGCGGCGGCGGCUCUCCGCUGCAGGUUAAAGACUGCCGGACCUCGUACUUCUUGUCGGCGCAGAGCCGCUUUGCUGGGCAGACUCGGCGGCGUUGCCUGCUCGUGGCGGAGGCCAAGACAGUACCAGCGCUGCCAUCUGAGGUGGACGACUACCGGGUGCGCGCGGUGUGCGUGUCCCCCUCCCCGCCCUUGCCGAAUCGCGACCAGAUUUGCACGCUGGUGGUGUCAGACGUGGAGGACGAGGAGGCCAUGGACAAAGUGAUGUGGCACCCUGCGGUGGGUUCCUCCGCGCAGCAAGCGAUUUCUUUGCUCCGUGACGCCUUCGGGGUGCUGGGUGUAUGGCCCGCCGCCUGGGUCGCGGCGCAGCGUGUCAUGCGGUUCUGCCAAAGCCGGUCGCGGCCUGUGCGCAUGCUGGAACUCGGCUGCGGCGCUGGCCUGCCCUCGCUGUGCGCCCUGGCGUCAGGUGCGGAGGUUGUUGCGACCGACUUGGAGGAGCUUCCUUUGAAGCUCUUGCAGGCAGCGGCAGAGGCACAAGAUCUGCCCGGGCUGGAGAUCAAGCAGAUGGACGUUCUGGCUGCAGCUGGCUUCACGCGCGGCAGGCACACGCCGUGCCCCUCGGAGGCCGAGCGCUUCGAUGUGAUCGUGUGCAGCGAUUGCCUCUACAAGCCGGACGUGGCCCGGGCCAUGGCCACCCUCAUCGCGCGGGCGCUGCUGGCAUAUCCCACCACCAGAGUGGUGGUCACGGAUGCAAACCGACAAGGCCGUGAGGACUUUCUGGAUGAGCUGGACACGCUUCUGGGUCUGAGCCUCGGGAAUGCCACUCCGCCAUACUUCGAGGCAGUGCCGGUGCCCAGCUGGGCUGCAGAGUUGGAGGUGGACCCCUUCGAUGGCUCGAUGCCGGACACGGUGGGCUUGCUAAAACUCGCCUGA